CCGUGCUGGCUGACCUAGAUGUAGGGCAAAAUCUACAGGAUCACGUAGUUUUUGCUGGAAUUGUGGUAACGACAGAGGAGGACCUCAUUGGAAUGAAGAACAUCAAUAAAAGCGCCUAUGAAUACGAAGUUAACAAGACAGGACUUUUCACAAUACCUGGGGCCUUCGAAGCUCUGAUUUUCACUCAGAGUGGAGUAGGAGAGCAAGUUGAUGGCUACCCAGACUUGGAACUAGAGCUCGCUGCUGUAUUUCCGAACGAAAGGAUUGAGCAAUCGCCAUACGUCACAAAAGAGAUAUAUGAUCAGUACUACAAGCCAAUGAUUGGGAAAUCCGGCUUCAUGUGUGCCCUCGCCAUGGUGCAACCCGAGUCACGAGGCGCCGUCUACCUGAACAGAACAGAUCCCGAUAGCUCGCCCUCAAUUAAUCCUUCUAUGCUGGGCAGAGACAACGACCUCAAUCGAUUAGUUAAAGGCACAAUGAAAAUAAAGACGUUAUUCAGCACAGAGGCCAUGCAGAAAAUCGGCGCCAAAUUAUGGGAUAAAAGGUACCCACGUUGCAAGCAGUUUGAGCCUUGGACUGAGCACUACGUGCGAUGUAUGAUUCAAGAGACGGCCUUUCCUGGUCAGCACGUCUGCUGCACAUGCGCAAUGGGAAAGGAAGUGAAAUCUGUUCUUGACGAGAGAAUGAGGGUAAGAGGUGGAGUAAAAGGUGUACGAGUUGUUGAUGCAUCGGCGAUGCCCAAGAUUACCGCAGGAAAUACCAACGCAGCCGUCAUGAUGAUGGCCGCCAAGGGAGCAGCAAUGAUCUUGGAAGACGCUGAAAGGGAGAGCAAAGUGAAGGCAUAAGAUCUGGGUCAUGCAUCGCGGUCAUUUCUUUUUUGUGUAAAAAAUCACAGACUGGACAAUAAAUAAAAUUCAUUCACAUA